CAGGAGCAGCAGGAAACCAGGACAAGGAUCACUAGUGAUGGAAGCAGACAAACCGUGGGCUCUGAUCUCAGAGGUGGGCGAGCAAGGUUACAUCGAAGAUGUCACCGAUAUAAUGACGCAACACUUCCAAAUCAUCAGUCACAGAGACUUCCUGCAAAACCCGCAGCUGCACGCCCCAAAAAUCCAGGCCAUGUUUGUGUGGAACGCCUGCCCCGCGGCCAAGCCCUCGCUGCUCACUUCGCUUCCCGCCCUGAAGGUGGUCGCCAACGGAGGAGUGGGCAUCGACCACCUGGACGUGCCGUACAUCACCAGUCUCGGGGUGAAGGUGACCAACACGCCCGGUGUGGUCAGCGAUGCCACAGCAGAUAUCGCCAUGGGUCUGCUUCUGGCAUCGGCACGCAAGAUUGUUGAAGGUCAUCAAAUCGCUGUGGACCCAAAGACCACCCAUAUACCACAAUGCCUGAUGGGAGUUGAAGUCACGGGGUCCACUCUGGGGAUCAUCGGGAUGGGAGACAUCGGACACAAAAUCGCUCAAAGAAGCAAAGGAUUUGAUAUGAAGAUCUUGUAUCACAACAGGAAGAGAAGGAGUGUUGAGGAUGAGCAGGCCGUGGGGGCGAGUUACUGUGAAAGCAUGGAUGACCUGCUGAGGAGGUCGGAUUUCGUCAUGCUGGCGGUCAACCUGACCCCUGAAACCACAGGCCUCAUCAGCCACAGAGAGCUGGCCCUCAUGAAACCCACAGCAACACUGGUCAACGUCAGCAGAGGUCUCGUGGUGGACCAGGAUGCUUUAGUCAAAGCUCUCCAGUCUGGAACGAUUCGAGCAGCCGCGCUAGACGUGACUCAUCCUGAACCUUUACCAAGGGAUCAUCCUCUUCUUGGCCUCCCCAAUGUGCUGAUCACCCCGCACGUGGGCACCAACACUUACACUACGACAAGAAGGAUGGUGCAAAGGAUGGUGGAUAACGCUGUGGCUGCAGUGAAAGGCCAGUGUAUCCCCAACGAAGUCAAGACGAAGUGACUUAACUAACAGAACCUCGACUCUCCACAGUGAGAAGUGUUGAAUUGUUGGCAUUAUUGUUUUAUUAAAAAAAAAAAAUUGAUUUUA